AUGGCUUUGAAAUUCGCACGGCAGACAUGGAAAACCCUGUGUCUACAUGAGGGACGCAAGGAUAUCAUGAGGAAUUUAAGCACAAGUGAACCUGCAAGGUUAGGAAUGAUUCCUAUAGUAGUCGAACAAACUGGUAGAGGCGAGCGGGCUUACGACAUCUACUCGAGACUAUUGCGAGAACGAAUUAUAUGUCUAAUGGGCCCCAUUAAUGACGCAAUUAGUUCCUUGGUCGUUGCUCAACUAUUGUUUCUACAGUCUGAAUCUAGCAAGAAGCCUGUUCACCUAUAUAUUAAUUCACCAGGGGGUAAUGUGACUGCUGGUUUGGGUAUUUAUGAUACGAUGCAAUAUAUAACACCCCCAGUGGCCACUUGGUGUGUUGGACAGGCCUGCAGUAUGGCUUCACUGCUCUUAGCCGCUGGAGCACCGGGUAUGCGGCAUGCUUUACCUAACUCUAGAAUUAUGAUUCAUCAACCAUCAGGUGGUGUUACAGGUCAAGCUACUGACAUUCAAAUUCAGGCAGAGGAGAUUUUAAAACUGAAAGCUCAAAUUAAUGGUUUAUAUGUGCGUCACACUGGUUUACCUAUUGACAAAGUGCAGACAUCAAUGGAACGUGAUUACUUCAUGUCUCCAGUUGAAGCAAAGACAUUUGGAUUAAUCGACAAUGUUUUAGAGCAUCCGCCAUCACAUGCUAUGGAAAAUGAAUCUGGGGCUCCGGGAACAGCGACCACUAGCGAUUAA